UCACUUGAAAAUAUACUCCACAAACUUGGACCAAUUACAGACAUUUCCUACAAGCCCUUCCAACCCGAACCUAAACACCCAGCAAGAGCAUUUUUACCUCCUACCUUCCCUCUAAAACCAUGCCCUUUCGAUUACUUUACAAAAGCGCACGGCAUUAAAAUCCGUUCAACUCGAUAA